AUGACCUUAUCCCGGAAGAACUUCGCCACGUUCUUCUCAGUGAUGGUUGCCAAGGGCUCCGUCUUGACCCACUUGGUGAAUCAUAAAUCUUAUGAUUGUGGUCCAAAUAGCUAUUGCUCUGAUUCAACCAAUGGCCGUGGAUAUCGGUGUAACUGCAACAAUGGUUUUGAAGGCAACCCUUAUCUCCCUCAAGUAGGAUGCCAAGAUAUAGAUGAAUGUGAAAAUGGGCACAACAAUUCUUGCCAUCACAAUGCUAAAUGCCAUAAUACGAUUGGGAGUUAUAACUGCUCGUGUCAAAAAGGAUAUCAUGGCGAUGGUUGGAAAAAUGGGACUGGCUGUACUGAGUACCAAGGCAAGAUUCCAUGGAUAAAAACUAUUUCAGGUGUUGGUGUGGGAUUUAUAUUUAUAUCUGUAUGUUUUUGUUUUUCAUACUGGGGAAUUCAACGGAGAAGAAUCAUCAAACGUAGAGAAAGAUUCUUUCAACAAAAUGGAGGUUUGCUAUUGCAACAACAAAUUGCUUCACGUAGGGGUGUCACAGAUAUUGCCGGGAUUUUUACCCUAGAACAACUCGAGAAAGCAACCAACAACUUUGAUGAGAGCCGAAUACUUGGCCAAGGAGGGUUUGGUACAGUUUUUAGAGGAAUCUUAUCAAAUGGCAGAGUAGUGGCUAUUAAGAAAUCCAAAAUAAUGGAUAAAGGCCAAAUUAUACAAUUUAUCAAUGAGGUUGAUAUCCUUUCUCAAAUCAACCAUAGAAAUGUGGUGAAACUCUUGGGUUGUUGUUUAGAAACAGAGGUUCCAUUGUUGGUUUACGAGUUCAUCUCUAAUGGAACCCUCUUCCAACAUAUCCAUAACGAGAAUCAAGCAGUGUCUAUUUCAUGGGCAAAUCGUUUAAGAAUUGCCGCGGAAACAGCUGGAGCAUUGGGGUAUUUGCAUUCUGCUCACUCAAUACCCAUCCUCCAUAGGGAUGUCAAGUCUUCCAAUAUACUUUUAGAUGAUAAUUAUAUGGCUAAAGUAUCUGAUUUUGGAGCUUCAAGAUUGACUCCUUUGGAUCAAGCUCAGGCCACAACAUUAGUUCAAGGGACCUUAGGUUACUUGGACCCAGAAUGCUUUUAUACAGGUCGACUUAUCGAUAAGAGUGAUGUUUAUAGCUUUGGCGUUGUCCUUGUCGAGCUUUUGACCAGGAAAAAUCCAAUUCGAUCAGAAUUGUCUGAGGAAAGUGAAGGCCUUGCAAUGCAUUUUGUUUCUUCAGUGAAAGAUAACAAUCUUUUUCAAAUUCUUGACUACCAAGUAGUGAAUGAGGGAAAUAGAGAACAAUUAGUGGCAGUUGCUGAACUUGCAAGAAGAUGCCUGAAGGUUAAAGGAGAAGAUAGACCAACAAUGAAAGAAGUUGCAAUGGAGCUUGAUUCAUUGAGGAUGUUGUAUGAGCACCCAUGGAUACAACAUAAAUAUGAAGAAAGUGAAAGAUUUCUUGGUGAGCCAUCAACAAGUUCUACUACCAAUGGGAUGUUCAUUAGAGUUGCAGUAGUAGCCAUGGCGGUUCCUCCACCACCACUAGCCUUGCCGGGUUGCCAGGAGAAAUGCGGAAAUGUGAGCAUACCUUACCCAUUUGGCGUCACAGAAGGAUGCUUCAAGCAUCCUGGAUAUCAAAUUACAUGCGAGGCCAAGAAUGACAGCACCGGCCGCCUCAAACCCUAUCAUUUUAAUGGUACACGUGAGGUUUUUCAGAUCUCAUUAUUGGAAUCCCAUAUCAUACGGGAAGGUGUUGGUGCAGGAUUUAUAUUUGUACCUGUAUGUUUUUGUUUUUCAUAUUGGGGAAUUCAACGGAGAAGAAUCAUCAAACGUAGAGAAAGAUUCUUUCAACAAAAUGGAGGUUUGCUAUUACAACAACAAAUUGCUUCACGUAGGGGUGUCACAGAUAUUGCUGGGAUUUUUACCGUAGAACAACUCGAGAAAGCAACCAACAACUUUGAUGAGAGCCGGAUACUUGGCCAAGGAGGUUAUGGUACAGUUUUUAGAGGAAUCUUAUCAAAUGGCAGAGUAGUGGCAAUUAAGAAAUCCAAAAUAAUGGAUAAAGGCCAAAUUAUACAAUUUAUCAAUGAGGUUGAUAUCCUUUCUCAAAUCAACCAUAGAAAUGUGGUGAAGCUCUUGGGUUGUUGUUUAGAAACAGAGGUUCCAUUGUUGGUUUACGAGUUCAUCUCUAAUGGAACCCUCUUCCAACAUAUCCAUAACGAGAAUCAUGUAGUGUCUAUUUCAUGGCGAAACCGUUUAAGAAUCGCCACUGAAACAGCUGGAGCAUUGGGGUAUUUGCACUCUGCUCAUUCAAUACCCAUCCUCCAUAGGGAUGUCAAGUCUUCUAAUAUACUUCUAGAUGAUAAUUACAUGGCUAAAGUAUCUGAUUUUGGAGCUUCAAGACUGACUCCUUUGGAUCAAGCUCAAGCCACAACAUUAGUUCAAGGGACCUUAGGUUACUUGGACCCAGAAUGCUUUUAUACAGGUCGACUUAUUGAUAAGAGUGAUGUUUAUAGUUUCGGCAUUGUCCUUGUCGAGCUUUUGACCAGGAAAAAUCCAAUUCGAUCAGAAGGAUCUGAGGAAUGUGAAGGCCUUGCAAUGCAUUUUGUUUCUUCAAUAAAAAAUAACAAUCUUUUUCAGAUUCUCGACUACCAAGUAGUGAAUGAGGGAAAUAGAGAACAAUUAGUGGCAGUUGCUGAACUUGCUAGAAGAUGCCUGAAGGUUAAAGGAGAAGAUAGGCCAACAAUGAAAGAAGUUGCAAUGGAGCUUGAGUCAUUGAGGAUGUUGUAUGAGCACCCAUGGAUACAACAUAAAUACCAAGAAAGUGAAAGCUUUCUUGGUGAGUAUCAACAAGUUCUACUGCCAAUGGAACUCGUCAAGAGUAUUUAGGGGAUUCUAUCAUGCUAGCAUCAAAUAUUGAUUGUUGAAUGUUCAACACUAGCAGAUGAUC